AUGGGCUCAACAGUUGAGCAUGCGUUCAACGUCUAUCGCGGAACUUUCAUUCAAACAAAUCGUCUUCCAGCAUCUGGCUCUACGCCUAUAUUAUGUCGCAACCAGGGUGCACUGUGGGUUUCAACGGCCGAUGGCCGGAUCAAAGGAUGGGAUUGGGAAGUGCACGAAGACGCAGACUUCGGCAAGUUGAUGACCCAAAAGAGCUGGGUCGAUCUUGAUUCCGCCGAGCCUACCAACGUCAGUUCCUCCGCGCCAAGAAUCGGAGUGAAAGUGAUCACGGCCAAUGAAGAAAGAAACGAGUUCUUCUUCCCCGGUUUCAUUGACACCCACAUCCACGCACCUCAAUACCCGAACGCCGGUCUCUUCGGCUCCACAACUCUACUAGACUGGCUGAAUACAUACACAUUCCCAGUAGAAUCCGGAUUCGGCAAGCAACCAGAUCCAAAGACAGGAUCUCAAACCCAAACAAACCCUAAAGACACCCCUCUUCAUGGCCAACACGUCUACGACCAAGUCAUCGCCCGCACUCUCUCCCACGGGACAACAUGUGCCUCCUACUUUGCGACAAUUCACAUCCCAGCAACCAACGCCCUCGCAGCACUCUGCCACGCGCGCGGCCAGCGCGCCUUCAUAGGCAGAGUAUGUAUGGACGAGCCGAAGUUCUGUCCAACUUACUACUGCGACGCCUCAGCCGAAGACUCCGUCACCGCAACCCGCGAGACAAUCGACUUCAUCCAUUCGCUUGAUCCAUCGGGUCGCCUCGUUAAACCGAUCGUCACCCCGCGAUUCGCGCCUACGUGCUCAGCUCCCGCGCUCAAGGGUCUAGGUGACCUGGCCGCAUCGUUCAACCCACCUCUACAUAUCCAGACCCAUAUAUCGGAGAAUUUGAACGAGGUCGCGCUUGUCAAGGAACUGUUUCCUCAGUCGGAUAGUUACGCCGGCGUCUAUGACGAUUAUAACCUGCUGACGCGACGGACAAUACUUGCCCAUGCGGUACAUCUGACGGCCGAAGAGCGGAAACUUGUGCGAGCGCGCGAUGCGAAAGUCUCGCAUUGUCCGGCGUCGAACUCAGCGCUUGGGUCUGGAAUAUGUCCUGUUAGGACUUUGAUUGAUGAGGGUAUCACGGUUGGACUAGGUACGGAUGUCAGUGGUGGGUAUAGUCCCAGUAUUCUGGAGGCGGCGCGGCAGGCUUGCUUGGUGUCCAGGCUGUUGGGGCAGACAGUGGAGUGGCAGAAGAAUCAUCCUGAUCCUGGGGAUGAUGAGGGUCGGGAAAAGCUUUCUGUUGCUGAAAGUCUUUACUUGGCUACCCGUGGUGGUGCGGCUGUCAUUGAUAUGGCGGAGGAGGUUGGUGGAUUUGACAGGGAGAUGCUGUGGGAUGUGCAGUUGAUUCAGCUUGGUGGUGUGCGAGAACGUGAGAUCAGUCCUUUAGAGACAUUCUCCAAUGGGGAUGCGGAUCUUGUGCAUACGGGCCCCAUAGGGAAUGUUGAUAUCUUCGGGACUGAGACUUGGGAGGAGAAAAUCCAGAAGUGGGUCUGGAGUGGUGACGAUCGGAAUGUGAAGGCUGUUUGGGUUGGAGGGAGGCUGGUGCACACUAGAAGAUAG